UUAAUGUCCAUCUCAUAGUGAACAAAAUUCACCCUGUUUCGGGUAAUGGAGGCACGAAAAACACCCAGUUUCACCUGCACAAUUUUUUCAAACUCUGAACUGAUGUAGGCAACGUUUCAGUUGUAAGAUACAACUUAAUACCGGUGUUCAGACGAAAUAAACCCGGCAGUUUUCACCCUUGGCAAUGCCAUUAGGCUUUACCACGCCGGAAGCUGGCGAUGAGCCUCGUUCUGACUCAUCGAACUCCGUAACGUAGUUACCGUUGCCGUUAUCGACGUCCCUUCUGUUUUCAACAGAAAAACGAUCGCUUUUGCUCCGCAGACCUCUACGUUUCGCUCACUGCUGUAUCAUUCCAAGUGUGUCUUCUUCCAAGAUGAAUACAAGGCUUCACAUUCAAGCUCGGGAGGACAUAAUUCGCUAUUAUGGCACUCCUGCGGCUGUGAGUUUGUGGCCGUCUCAGGAUGAGGAGUCCGACUGUCGUUCCCUGGCUGUGUCCCCUUCCCGUUGUCCCGACCCCCUGAGCGUUUUCACUCCGUUCUGGGCCCGCCCUGUCUACGGUGAGACGCUCCCCGCCCCCGUCACCAUCAACCACGCCGCUUACUAUCCUGCCCCAAGUGACGACGAUGACAGUGACUACUGGGUGUACGAGGACGAGGACGACCACAGCUUUUUGGAUGACAGAGAGAUUCAUCCCCUUAGAAAGGCGCUGACGAGAGCGGCUGCCUUCUUUAGGAAGAUCUUCUCUUAGACUCCUUAUCCUUUUAAUGUCUGAAUGUGUGCAAGUGAGUGAAUGAAUGAGCAGGUGUGUAUGUAUGUAUGUAUGUAUGUAUGUAUGUAUGUAUGUAUGUAUGUAUGUAUGUAUGUAUGUAUGUAUG